AGACUCAAAAAGCCUGCCCAAGGGAAGAACAUUUUGUCGAGAAGCAACGAGACGGGAAAAUAGUUUAACCGACCUUUAUUUUGACAGCGUGUAAUGAUCGAGAAAGUGACCCAUAACAUGUGCAUACAGUGAGUUUGAUGCGACCACAGCUUAUUUGUGCUAGAAUGCGACCUUGAUCUGAGGAUGUAUCUCAGUACUUAACCGGUCAUAAUGUUAUUCAGACUUAAAAGCUUUGUCCGAUUUCUUCACCCAAGAAACAGUGUUGCAUCGCGACAGGUGUCAACAGCAUGUGGUGUCGGAGAUGUAAUCCCGCCCAUAUCAACAAGAUUUACAGUGGAACAGGCUCUGACCGAAUGGGGAACUCGUUUUAAGGUGGCCGGAGUUCCUGAACCUCAACUUUCCAGUGAAUACAUCAUUUCACACGUGCUAGGGCACAAGACUCUAAACAGUCUCAGCAGGAAGGUACUCACACAGUCGCUCUCCCAAGCACAGCUAGACAGGGUCUGGAAACUUUGUCAUAAACGACUCACCAGGAUGCCGGUGCAGUAUGUGAUUGAGGAGUGGGACUUCAGAGACAUCACUCUUAAAAUGAAACCACCUGUGUUUAUACCGCGUCCUGAAACAGAGGAACUGGUGAGCCUCAUUCUGGCUGACCUCCAAGAGUGUGGCUUUACAAGCAGAGAUAUGGAUACUCUGAGCUUCCUAGAGGUGGGCUGUGGUUCCGGAGCAAUUUCCCUGAGUCUGUUGCACAGCCUCACACAGGUCAGGGGGAUAGCUCUGGACCAGAGUGCUGAGGCUGUGGCCCUCACCAGGGAGAAUGCACAAAGCCUUGGACUGCAUGACCGACUCCAAGUCAGUCAAGUGGAUGUGAUGAAAGAUGCAGACUGGCUUCUGAGGACAUGUAACCCUGUGGAGGUGCUUGUUAGUAACCCUCCCUACCUCUUCCCUGAAGACCUCGAUUCACUGGAGCCGGAGGUCAAAAGGUUUGAGGAUCGUGCUGCAUUAGACGGAGGAGAGGAAGGAAUGUGUGUCAUAGACCAGAUUCUGGCGAUUGCUCCCAGGCUGUUAACUGAUAAAGGUCGAGUCUAUCUUGAGGUGGAGCCUCGACAUCCCGACCUCAUCCAGACCAGGCUGAAGGAAAGAGUGCCGGGAUUGAAGUAUGUGAAGACUCACAAUGAUUUCACAAACCGGCCACGCUUCUGCAUCCUACAGAGACGAGGAGCAGGCUGACCGGCGGCAGCAGCGAGGAGAAUAGGCGAUCCCUGUCGGGACCUCCCCUCCGGCGUCGGCGACUCCACUCACCGUCUCGGAUCAGCACCUGGAUGAUCCGAAAGGAAGUUCCGCUCCGCGCCCGCAUCAGGAACUCCCUCAGCUCCUCCGUCACCACCAGUACCAAGAACAUGUUUCCCCCCGAAUGGCCCCUGUGCCCACCCGUCGAGCGAGGCUCUCCCUGGGAGAGAGAGAGCAGAGGAAGAGGAGAGGCGGCCGCACCACGCUUACAGAGGCCGAGAUCGAGGGCUCUGGAAAUGGAGGUAGAAGAAAAAAAAAAACCCGAAAUCUUGUAGAGGCAGAGAGAGAGAGAGAGAGAGGAUGGAACUCAGGGAAGAAGUGAGAGCCGGCAGAUGAGAUAGCGAGCAGUGACCGGAGUAUGGGAGAUAUCUCUGAAGGAGCAUGUGCAUAAA